GAAAACAAAAUAAAAUAAUUAAACACUUAAAAGAUGGAUUAAAUACAAAAAUCAGAAAAUACCGAAUAAUCGGUUGCAAAAUAUCAGAAAGAGUGCAGAUUGGCGUGUACAGGAAGGAAGAAAAAGGAAAAAUUGAUUUUCGCGUUUUGUUUUACGACUUUUCAUUGUCGACAUUGAUUCGCUCAGGUCAGCGCUUUUGUUACGAACGUGCUCUAUUAUCGAUAUUUACGCGCAAUAUCGCUUAUCCACGCGUCGAAGAUAAAUGGUUAGAUUUAUCAGGUGAUAACGCGGGAAGAUAAACUGAAAUUAAAGUACAAAUGAUUGUGAAGCAGUGUGCUCUCGAUGGUUAACGCGGGUUUACAAAUCGCGGAAAAAGAUCGGAUUUACUUUUCUCAUCGGGCAUAAGAAUUUCGGAAGUAGAGGAGACUUCGGAAUCUCUCUCUCUCUCUCUCUCUCUCUCUCUCUCUCUCUUUCUCUGUUACAUUUUUUUUUCUGUAAUCUCUGUUAUCUGCAACUGUCGACGACAUGUCAUUUACUCCAGGCCGUGAUACCGCGCGAUACACGGAAGCGGAAUCGACGAUGAUGAUGGAGCGGAACUACGCGCAGCAGCUCAACGGCUCGAACGAUGAGCAAUCGUCGGCAACUGCGACGUCGAGCGCAGGUACGCAGAUGGAAUUGCAGGAGAAUGCGCCAGUCACCACCGUCAUCAUGUUGCAGCCGGCAGGAGGCGACAGCCGAUUCUCACGGAGGCCCAUUCCCGUCAACACCGUGGACUGGGUGUCAACACCCAGGCCGCAGUUGAACGCAUCCUCCGGCACGCAGUUCCUGGCCGGCGUCGAACAAUUGGAAAUUCAGCAAAUUGUUGAUUUGAGCACUCUACUCGGCAGGACAGAGCGAGGGACUCAGUACCGGGUGAAGGUGCCACGCGCGGAAACACUGUUCCUCGCCACGGAAUCCAAGUGGGAGACGCAGUCGCGGAUGUUCGGCUGGUACAAGGGAUACGUGCUGAACGUCCUGGAUCCAUGCGGCGAGACCGCGUUCGUCAUCCGCAAGGACCCGAGCUUGAUGCACGUGUCGCGAGAGAAAAUUACGGUGGAAAGCACGGAUCUCAUCGGCAGCGUGGAACAGAAUUUCAGCCUGAUAGGACCGAGUUUCACUGUGUACAAUGCGUCCAAGGAGCCGCUCUGCAACAUAUACGGACCAAACAUUUGUGGCUGCUGCAUGUAUAAGGAAGCGCAGUUUCAGGUCAUAUCGUCAGACGGAUCGCAUCAAGUUGCGACGCUGAUGCAUCAAUGGGAUCACUUGACGGUCGAUUACAUUCUAUUACUCACAUUUCCAAUAGAAACAGAUGUGAAAUUGAAAAGCCUGCUCCUCGGAGCGUCAUUCUUGAUAGAAUAUUUGUACUUUGAACGAAUAAGAAGAGCAUCCAGAAGAUAGACAUUGAUUGGAAACAAUUUAUCAAAUCAUCGCCUUUUGCUGGAGCCAGCACAAUUCAUAUUUUAGAAAAAUGAAUACUUUUAAGAAAACAGAUGCCUUACAUAAACUUUAUAGAAGUAACGGAUCAUCAGUAAACGUGCGCGAAUCACAGAGUUAAUUGAGUAUUAUUGCUGAUUUAUAUUUACAUAAUAAAAUACUCAUCGUGAAAAUG